ACAUGUGGCUUCCAAUACCAUAUCACCUUAUCCCAUAGGCUUGUGGCCAUCAACUUGAUCAAAAUCACCAACUUAGUUCAAAAUCCCCUCUCCUUUCCACACAAACUCCCCACCAAUGGCUUCCUCAACCACGCUCUCCUCCUCCAUCACUCCCUCUCAGCUCUGCUGCAGCAAGAAUGGGAUGAACCGUUGCGCAAAUUUGGCGGCGGUGAAGGUCGGAAAGGGGAAGGGGAUGAAGGUUAGGUGCAUGGCGAGCGUGCCGGCCGACCGGGUGCCGGACAUGGGCAAGAGAGAGCUCAUGAAUCUGCUGCUUCUCGGCGCCAUUUCUCUUCCUGCAACCGGGAUGUUGUUGCCCUACACUUACUUCUUUGUUCCACCUGGUUCUGGAGGGGGUGGUGGUGGCACUCCGGCAAAGGAUGCUUUGGGGAACGACGUCGUUGCAGAGGAAUGGCUCAAAACGCAUGGACCCGGUGACCGGACCCUCACACAGGGAUUGAGGGGUGAUCCAACGUACCUCGUUGUGGAGAACGACAAAACUCUUGCAACGUAUGGUAUCAACGCCGUCUGCACCCAUCUUGGUUGCGUUGUGCCAUGGAACAAGGCUGAGAACAAGUUCAUGUGCCCGUGCCACGGAUCACAAUACAACAACCAAGGGAAAGUUGUCAGAGGACCUGCUCCCUUGUCUUUGGCUUUGGCUCAUGCAGAUAUUGAUGAUGGAAAGGUGAUUUUUGUUCCAUGGGUGGAGACUGAUUUUAGAACUGGAGAGGACCCAUGGUGGUCUUAGAUCGCUCUAGAACAUUCUCAUUUGUGUAUUCACAACUUCUCUAUGAAUGAAUGUAAAGCCUCAAGAUAAACUUGAUGUUACUAUGUAUUUUUGACACAUACCUAUAAUUAUAAUUUGUGUAAAUCAUAGUUUUUAAUUUAAUGCAAAAGAUUGCAUACCCCCA